AUGGAUCUGAACCAGACACCCCCGUCCCCUCCCGCGCCCCCCACGCCCACAGCCGCCGGAGACGGCCCGUGCAGGGUGGAGGUCGCCGAGGUGGCCACGGACGCCGUCACGCUGCUCGUCUGCCUCUGCGGGCUGCUGGGCAACGGGGCCGUCCUCUGGCUGCUCGGCCUCCGCAUCCGCAGGAACCCCAUCACCGUCUACAUCCUCAACCUGGCCGUGGCCGACUUCACCUUCCUCCUCUUCAUGGUCGCCUUGGUGUCCCUCUACAUGGUGGAGAGCGUCUCCUGCUCCCUGGUGGUGUCCCUGAAGUACCUGAGGUCGCCUUUCCUGCUCUCCCUCUUCUGCUACAACAUGGGCCUGUAUCUGCUGACGGCCAUCAGCAUCGAGAGGUGCGUGUCCGUCCUCUGCCCGCUCUGGUACCGCUGUCGCCGUCCCCAGCGCUUGUCAGCCGCGCUGUGUGUCCUGCUCUGGGCCCUCUCCAUCGCUGUCAUUGCUGCAGUCACUUCCCUGUGCCUGUGGCACGAGCACGAGCACUGCCAGGUCGCUCUCAUCUCCAUGUACCUCCUCAACUUCCUCAUUUUUGCCCCAGCCAUGGUCAUCUCCAACGUCAUCCUCUUCAUUAAGGUCCUUUGUGGCUCCACGAGGCGUCAACCCAAGAAGCUCUUUAUCGUUAUCUUCCUCACCAUCCUCUUCUUCCUCAUCUUCAUGCUUCCCCUCAGCAUCUGGAAUUUCCUGCAGCAGUUCAGCUACAUCCUUGUGCCCUCCCAGGUUGUUUUCCUGCUCGCCUGCAUCAACAGCAGCAUCAACCCUUUCAUCUACUUCUUGGUGGGGAGCUGCCGGAGGCGCUGCUCCCUGGUGUCCCUGCAGGACGCCUUCCGGAGGGUCUUUGAGGAGACAGGGGUCACCACGAUCUCCAGCUAA